AUGGGAGAGAGAGACAAUGAAGCAGAAAGUGUAGAGAAGGCAAGGAUCCCUCUGUUAAGGGAUCAAAAUGCGGCGGAGGAGGAAGAUGGAGACGUAAAGAGAAAGAUAUGGAUGGAGACGAAGAAGCUAUGGCGUAUCGUUGGACCAGCCAUAUUCACCCGAGUUUUGACCUACUCGAUCUUCGUCGUCACUCAGGCCUUCGCAGGCCACCUCGGCGAGCUCGAACUUGCUGCCAUCUCCAUCGUCAACAACGUCAUCAUCGGCUUAAACUUCAGCCUCUUCAUUGGAAUGGCGACUGCGUUGGAAACGUUGUGCGGUCAAGCGUUUGGAGCAAAGAAGUUUGACAUGUUGGGAGUGUAUUUGCAGCGAUCUUGGAUUGUUCUCUUCUUAUGCUCCAUAUUGCUCCUCCCUAUGUACAUUUUUGCGUCCCCCAUUCUUCAGUUCUUGGGCCAGCCUGAUGACAUUGCCGAGCUCUCAGGCACCAUCGCUGUUUGGGCCAUUCCUACACAUUUUUCAUUUGCCUUCUUUUUCCCCAUAAACCGCUACCUCCAAUGCCAGCUCAAAAAUAUGGUAUAUAAGUUAUGA